UGAUGUACCCCCUCCCCCUCCUCCUGCAGACCGCUGCUCGCUGACCUUUGACCCCCGAACAGCCAACGGUCACCUGUGUCUCUCUCAGGAGAACCGGCGGGCGGAGCACCUGAGCUCCGGGCCGCACUCCGUCCCUCUGGACGCGGCCCGCUUCGACCACACCUGGCAGGUGCUCUGCUUCCAGGGGUUCACGCAAGGCCAGCACUUCUGGGAGCUGGAGGUGUCCAAGCCCUGGGCCUACCUGGGGGUGACCUACGAGGCCAUCCCCAGGAAGGAGAAGGGGAAGAGGUGCAUGGUGGGAAUGAACGACCUCUCGUGGAGCCUCCAGCUGGACGAGCAUCAGAUCUCCGCGUGGCACGCCGGCCGCAGAGAGUCUCUGUCCGGCGCCUCGCAGCACCGACGCAUCGGCAUGCUGCUGGACUACGAGGCCGGGACGCUCAGCUUCUUCGGGGACGGACAGGUCCGCCUCCACGCCUUCCACUGCGCCUUCAGAGGGAAGCUGUUCCCCGCAUGCUGGAUCGGGGAGGGAGUCAGCAUCACGCUCUGUCUACCAUGAAUUGAGUAUGUUAGUUGCUUUGGAUAAAAGUGUCUAACAAGUGACAUGUAAUGUAAUGAACACCCACCAGCUUUCAAACACCCAGUACGUGCUUUGAAGCAGAGGAAGUCCACCUGUCCCCAUUAUGUCUUGUGAUGCCUUUGGUACCACGCUCCUCCUCCUAAGUUUGUUGAUUUAAUCAGCCAUUGGACAGUAAGAGCCAUGGUUUUAAUCCAACAAGUCCCAAAGGUUUAUUCUUCAUACUUCUAACCACACCACAGUAUUCAUUGCUUAGGAACUGGUUUAUAAAAACUUCCAACAUGGUUUUAAGCAGAACAACUGACAAAACGUCCCCCUGUUCCCAUCAUGUCUCACCGCAUGAAUAAUUAUUACUGUGACUGUUUUUAAAAACACACCAGGACUAAAUCCUUCUCCUCUCUUGUUUCAUAGCAUCUCUUGGACACGUUUAAUCAGCCAUUUCACAAGCUGUCUCCAAAAAGUCCACCUGGCUUUGGUUUAAUGUUCAAACCACACAACAAUAAUUACUGUUAUUAAAAGUCUUAAAUCUAGCUUGCCUUUAGCUGUAAGAACUAGAAGUAGAAAAAACUACUUAAUGUCCCCCUUUAAUUUGUAAUGCUGGAUUCAAUGCACCGUUAGCAUGUGCCUCGGGUCACGGUGAAUAUAAUAAAUAUGAUUCUAUCGUCCUGUGGAGUGAAAGCAACAUUGCUACUGAGAACACAGACCUGAAAACCACCUUUUUGUGAUCAUGAUCUGCUGUACUGCACAAAUGUUUGUAUUUUAAACCGUGCGUCUGUCUUUGGGGAAUCUGCUGUGGAUUUGCACGAGUCGUCCGGCCGUGGACGACGAACUUUAAGAAGGGAAAAGCACAUUUUCGGGGUUUGAUUUCGAAACACAUGAAACGUCACCCCUCUUCUGAAGCUGGAAUACGUUUGAUAUGAAAAUGCACUUAACCAGUUUUUGCUCUUUUCCAUCGCUGAUUGAUAUGUUAUGUUAUUUUAUUCAAUGCAUAAUAAUAAUAAUAAAAAAUGCAUAAAAAGUGUUUAAAUGAACAAAUUCGCAAUUUUGAUGGGUUUUCAGAUGUGAAAAUGAGUUUUCCACUAUUUUUAGGCACUUAUGAUACAAUUCUCUGUAUUCUCUUUUCUUUGAAUGAUUGUACAUACUUCUUUUUUACGAUACAUUCAGUGUUUUCUCCUCCCUGGUGCUUAAAAAACAACAAUUUCAUUUGGUUUUCUUCACAAGAAUGAUUGUGAUCGGGGACAUUGUGACAAAGAAUAAUGAGUCCUAGUGGUUGAGAGCGGGGGUUUCAUGAACUACGAUGUGUUGAAAGUGGGAUCAAAUAAAGACAACGUUGUGUUUCACAUGAAUCAAGAUCCAUUUAAUAAAAUCCAACGCAUACAGUCAUCAGUCGAGAUCAUGCUUUUUGUUUCUUGAGCCAUUGUUCAAUAAAUUAGUUUGAAAUAAAUACAGA